UGCACAAGCUGAUGUCAACGUUUGUAGUGACUAUUUUGCAGAAAUAUUUGAAAAGACCCCGUGUAAAAAUCCUGUGGUAGUGCUCAAAGAUAUUAAAAAGUCAGACUUAGAUGCCUUGUUAGACUACAUGUACAUAGGUGAAGUGGAUGUGAGACAGAGUGAACUGGCGGGACUUAUCAAAGCGGCCGAGUGUCUAAGAAUUAAGGGCCUGGCAGUGCCAGAUGAGGACCCCACCAAGGCUCAGAAAAAGGGGCCCAUUAAUGUACCUGAGAGGAGGGAGGACAGUCCGCCAGCCAAGCGGAAGAGACGGGACUCAGGCGGGGAGCGUGGGAGGGCUCCGACGCCCCCAGCCCCCCGGGGUGCGUCCCAGUCCUCCUCCUCCUCCUCGUCCUCCCACCCUGCUCCCUCAUCAUCAGUGCCUAGUCAAGCACCCCCACAGUUGUCAUCUGUACCUGAGUCACAUGUGCCAUCACAGUCCAUGCCUCCUCCGGCGAGUAUGUCGCAGGAGUUGCGGCACGUGGACGGUCUACGUGGGAGACAGGACUCCCAGCUAGGUUCUGUGAGACCUGCCCCAGACCCCUCAUCACUGCGCUCCCCCCCAGGUGGAGGGGGUGGAGGCCAGGACCACUCCCACCCCACUUCGGCCUCUCCGCGGUCGGACUCGUCACUACUGCCGGUCCAGAUGAUUAAGGUGGAGGUGGAUGAUGGGUCAGACCCCCCCGGCCCUCCUGGCUCCAAGGACCCACACCCUGAGCGUGAAGAGGGUGGCAGUGAGAUGGACGGGGACGAGGAGGCCAGCAAUGACUUCUCUGACUACCAAAGCCAUCCCGGGGAGAUUGAGAAAGAAGAGCACGACCAGAUGGACUAUGGUGCUGACCAGAUACCAGGGCCUUCGGGCCUCCAAGGGGGCCCACCCAUGCUAGGCUGGGGGGAAGAAGGGGAGGCUGGGUUUCCCCACAACCUCUUCGGCGGUGAUGACCCCACAGCGCAACAAGCGGCUCUCAGUGCGGAGAAGCCCUUCGCGUUCCACCUUCCUUUCCCUCCGGCCGCCAAGCCCGCAGGUGUCGCGGCCCUGCACCUGCGGGCUGCCUCCGGGGAGAAGCCCUAUGCGUGCCCGCACUGCCCCUACCGAGCCUCGCAGCGCAUCCACCUGCACGAGCACAUCCGCAUCCACACGGGCGAGAAGCCCUUCCGGUGUCCGCACUGCCCCUACGCCGCCAGGACCAACUACAUUCUGACCAAGCACGUGCGGCGCCACACGGGCGAGAAGCCCUUCGCCUGCCCCAACUGCGACUACAGGGCGGCGCAGCGCAGCCACCUCACCACGCACUUGCGCACGCACUCGGGCGACCGGCCCUUCGCCUGCCCGCACUGCCCCUACCGCGCCACGCAGCGCGUCCACCUGCAGGACCACGUCAGGAUGCACGCGGACGGAAGUCUUGUGUCAGAGUGCCCAGCCUGGCGUGGUGGUUCAGCUGCGAAAAGCACCGCCGUAUCAGACCCCACAUGCUGCUCGCGUAACCGCGCAGAGUACUUCAGGCUUGAACAACUGCGCACAGGUACUCACUCCGUUUCGCCGCAGUUUCAUUUCAUGGCUUAUAAUUACUUGAAGAGAGAAGAAGGCAAUCGAACGGACAAAGCAAGCAAGCGGGAGCGAGGAUUGGAAGCGAUGGGGAAGGGGGGCGAAGGCGUGAAAAAGCGGGGAGAAUCCGUAGUGAGUGCUGCUGUGCUGUGUCCGUAUGUGGGUGCUAAUGACAGGCUCUCGUUGCAGGCUCUCACUGUGGAGAAGCCCUUCGCCUGCCCCACCUGCGCGUACAGCACGUACCGCCGCGACCACCUCAACACGCACCUCCGGACACACACCGGGGAGAAGCCCUAUGCUUGUCCUCACUGCCCCUAUCGGGCGUCACAGCGCGUGCACCUCAACUCGCACGUGCGCACGCACACGGGGGAGAAGCCGUAUGCAUGCUCGCACUGCUCGUACCGGGCGGCGCAGCGAGCUCACCUCCUGUUCCACCUGCGCACGCACACGGGCGAGCGCCCCUACCAGUGCCGGCUGUGCCCGUACGCCUCGGCGCAGAACUCGCACCUGAAGCACCACAUGAAGGCGGUGCACGCGAGCCACGACCCGCAGGACCAGGACGCCGGCAAGGACGCCCUCGGCCACUGAAGGGGGCCAGGUGUGUGGAAGGAGGGGGUGGGGCGCAGUGGCGGAGGGAGUGAGAAUGGGGCCAGCACGAAGAGAGUGAGAGUGAGGGAGCAGAAAGGAAGGAGUGGGAGUGUACAGGUUCUCCCCUGGGGAGGAAAGGUGCGAAUCCCGAAGGGGCGUCAACGAAAGAAGGAACGCCGGUCUCGUAGACGGACGAGUCGGAGGGUGCGUGGACGUGCAUGUGUUCCGAUGAAGCCAUUCCCUUUUAUUUUGAACGUAGACCCAAAACAUUUUUCUUUGCGGAAUACGAGUUAGAUAUUGUGCCUGUCUCUCUGUUUAGUGUUGAGUUGGCCGAAAUAUUUGUGAUUGGUCUCGGCAGAACAAGUGCGUCUCGACUGGUUUAGUAUUUGCGAUGACGAAAAGGAAAGUACAAAGGCGUUUGCAGAGAAGGAACGUGUCCAGGCGUUCUCAUUCACAAUUAACAAAUUCCCUUCACAUCACUUCUCUUCCUCAUUUCCACUCGCUCUGUCUUCUUCCUCGUUCAUCUUCUUCGUUCCUCGACAUUUUUCCUUUUUUGUCCUCGCUCCUUCCUCCCUUUUCCCCAAAAAGACUAUAGCAAAGCGAAUCCCUCGACCUUUGUCCAGUGGAGGUUUGUGUUUCCUGUUUCACGAGUUUUGUUCAUCGGUGUCGUUGAGCAUCGGCUGAAAAUGCACCCGGGCGAGGACUUUUUACCUCAGUGAUUAUUUUGGAAGGAUCGAAUGGAAUCCAAUGGCAUGUUUAAACGGCAGGUGUAUGAAUAUGAAUAAACUUUUAUUUUGUAAUAUAAAAAAGAAUGUAUGUGAAAUUUUAUGUAAAUAUAUAGAAUACAAAUAGACCUGUAUAUAACCACA